UGCUAGUAGGCUAAUGCAACUAUUAAGUGACGUGUCCAGGUGAAUCCCAAAUUCUGAAGUGAAAGCGACACGGGUUUGUUUCGCGGGCUUUACUCUCAUUUACUGGAAAUUCGUUUAGUGACAUUUUGCGCGUUGAACCUGUUGGUGCAGUGAGUUUGACACGUGUUCGUUUUAUUUCAUCUUUAAAUCGGAAAGCGAAAGAUAAUUUUCCAUUGUCUAUUUGUGUCCGACUUUGACCAGGAACGCGAAGCUCAGGCUGGAUCUGACUGAUGCAUUGCAAAAUGGCAGAGAGUGGAAAAGCAGAAAAAGAUGGAGAUAAUGAGGUCAAUGACCCAUCAGCUUGGGGAAAAGAUGAACUCCAAACAGUGUGUCUGAAAAAUGGUGGAAGUCAAGGAAGAGAUUCUGCAGUUGCAAUAACAGGUAUGUUGGCAAAGAGUGGGGAACCAGAGGUUGUCAAGCAUAGAGAGACAUAUACUCUACCAGAGAUCCUCCCUAUGCCUUUGUCAGUAAUGGAGAUUAACAAACUGAUAGAGAUGGAAAUGCUAGAAGAGGCCCAUGUGCACCUACUGUCCCUGCGUGUGGAGCUUCAGCAGGAGCAUCAAGCUCUGGAGAAAGAAGACUGUCCUGCUGAACUAUUUCAUAAAGAGAAAGACCUCAGUCUGCUAUAUUGGACACUAAGGAAUAAAAUGUCCAACAUUGUACGCAACUCCAGUGCUCUGCCCUCUCACAACAAAGAGUUGCUAGUGUAUGUGGCCCAAAUUAUUUUGGAGGAAGAGAAGAGACAAGAAGAGCCAUGGGGCAUGCCAGGGUGGAGGGAGGCAUGGAGGAAUGCUGUACGAGAAGGGGUUAGAGAUACAUUGAAGAAGGUUCACCUGGACAGCCAGGAGAAGAACACUUCCUGGUUGGCGGUGCAUCUGGCGCUUCUGGGUAAAGCUAUUGUGGAGGAUCUGGAGACAGUUAAGGCAGAACUUCUGAGCUCAUAUCCAGCAGACUUUAAUGUGUUUGAAACCUAUGUGUCCUGCCAUCAUGAGGCUGUGGGAGAGCAUUUAAAGAGACUUCUGGAACAUGUGACAGAGCUGAAAGAUUACUACGCUCUUCUAAAAUUUAUUAUCCAUCGCUACCCCAGUGAUAAGAUAAUGGGAAGCUGUUCCCUGCAACCAGAGAUGAAGGAAGAUCAGAGAGUGCUGCCACUGGACAAAGAUUUCCUUAAUCAGAUUAAGAGCAAAUAUUGCAGUCGCUUACAGACUGACAUGAGACAAACACUUGACCGAAUAAUUGAGUUGGAGAAUGAGGAUAUGUGGAAAGAUAGAAGAAAACCAGAGAUUAAUGAGGGGCUUUACAGCUCAAAUAUUGACAUGGACAUCUGGACGAAUAUUAAAGGGCAUGUACAAGGAUCCAGACAGAUCGAUGUGAACCUUGAGCAGAAGGUUGUACGUUCCUGUUUGGAGGAACUGAAGCUGUUUCCAAAACGAUUUGAGUCAGCGUUUGUUGAGCUGAGCAAUGUACUCUCUACCUCCACUCUCUGGGCAGAGUAUCACAUCAGCUAUAUGAACAGUUUUAGUGCUCUAAAAGAGCACAUGGAGUGCUAUAAGGACAGCUGUCCAAUUCAGUUUGAGCAGGUUCGAAGGGAAAUCGAUGAACUGACCACAAGACUGAGUCAAACUCUGAUGGAGCACUUUAAAACAGAUGUCAAGCCCUUCCUCUUGAAACAAAUGACAAGGAAAUGGUUUUCAUUUGAUGAAGACUUCACACAGCUGGUCAGCAGGACUAAGACUCUGUCUGAACAGAGCAAAUACAUGAGCCCAAUAUUUAAACAGACCUUUGUGAAUGAAGCCCACUUUUUUGUGGUGAAAGAAUAUGUGUCUCAGCUGAUGAAGAAUAACUACUCGUGCAAAAACAGGAAGAAUGAGACAGCUGCCUCUAAAUUCACGAUGCAAUGGGAGGAACUGAAAGAGCUUUUUCAAGAUAUGAAAUCUACCUUAGAUUGGCUCCAUCCAGUUGGGAGCCAGCUGAGCAAGAUCAUUGAAUGUAGAAAAAGUGAAGUAAAAAUGAACCUACAGCCAUUGGUUGAGAACUAUCCAGAUAUCAGAAAGAGCCAUCUCUCAGCUGUGCUGUACUUCCGAGGAAUUAUCAGAGGCAGGGAAAAACAUAUUAUACUGCAGCGGCUGACAGAGUUGAAAAAGAGUAUUGGGUAUGCAGGCAAUAAAGAGCGUGCCUUCUUCAGUGAGAUUCAAGAAGCAGAUAACACAGACUGCCUUGCUGGUAUACCUUUCUCAUGUCUUUCCGUCAUUGUGCCAGACAUCUAAUCAAAAGAAUGGCACUUAACUUGGUUUUACAGUGAGUGGACAUGAUAAUUGCACUGUGGAUGUAGUAGUUUGCCUAAUGACAUGAACAAUAAGCAAUAUAAUGUCUCCAUGACUCCUUUAUAAUCUUGUAUUUUUACAAGAUAAACUGGAAUGCAAAUUAAUCAAAAUAAACAAAUAAAUUGUUUUUGUAAUAUCAUGUAAAAAAUAAAAAUAAAUCACAUGUGAUAUCAUUGAAGAUCACACUUUAAAUCCAAUGUUAUUGUAAUGUAAGCUGUGUUAUAAAAAAAAAUAUCAAUGACUUUUUGGGCAUCACUU